GUUUCUCCAAAUACAAUAAUAUCUGCUAAAAUGCAUGCUCGAGUAAAUGGUUAUGGAUGUCCACCUCUUUUUAAACCACCAAUGAGACGACAUAUUAUUACUAAUGAACAAGAGGCACAAUUUGAAGUAUUUAUAGCAGACAAGACAAAUCAAAAAUUUCAUAUACAAUAUCCAAAUGGAAUAGGGCGUACAACAUUUUUUAAUAAAUUACGUAAUAGUCCAUUCAUAUAUCGUGAAGAUUUAGGAGGUCUAUGUUUGACUUGUAAUCAAUAUGGGUUUGAAAUGUUUCAUGAAUUAUCAAACUAUAUAAUAAAAGAAGUAGAAAAUAAUGAAAAAAAGAUUUCCCAUGCACUUAAGCAUUAUGUUCGUCUUAGUUUUGAUAUUACGUCUAGAGAAGAUAUCGAAAAAGCAAUAGAAAAUCUUAGUGGUACUUCAGUUGCUAAUAUAAAUCCAAAUCGAGCACAGCGAGCAUCUAUAAAAAUUGGAACUAUACUCGGAAAUUCAGAUCUUUAUGAGUGGUGUUAA